AUGGUCAAGUAUUUCCAGGUACUCUGGUCAGUUUUGUUCAUCAGCAUGCUACAUUUGGUGCUCCUCUCUGUUCCAGGUGCUCGAGUUUGGUGGCCACCACAUGGAACUAUUAAGAUCAAGUGUCCUUAUAAGAAAGUAAAUUUGAGCUGGUUCAAUAAAACAGUGGACCCUUGCCCUGGCUUAAAGCAACCCAUCUGUGGUACCAAUUUUGUAACCUAUGAUAAUCCCUGCAUCUUAUGCAUUGAGAGCUUGAAAUCUCGUGGGAGAAUUAGGUUUUACCAUGAUGGAAAGUGCUAG